CUCCAGUCCUCUAAUCCUUGGGUCAGGCUUUGUCAGUCUUGCUGUUCAGUGCCAUGCCACACUCCUCUGAGCCUCACUCGCCGUGCCGUUCGCUCGCCGAAACAGCGUUCAGCUUGAGCUUUCACUGGGCCGGGCAAGAGCUCAACGUUUCCAACAACAGAUCGAACAAAUUCCAGAGUGGCCAGCCCCGCGGACCCCUUGCGGACCCGAGCGGCGAUGGCGAGGUUGCUGGACGUGACAGCACCGGGCCCCGGCUUGGCCUCCCUGCAGGUCCUAGGCGCACACGUGAAAUUGGACAAGGAGGAGGCCGCCGACGCCGUGCUCGGCCCACCGCGUGCCGUGCUGGCCGUGGACCUCCGCGGUGCGCCGAUGGUGGAAGAGGCUCCAGCACGGCCACCGCUGCGACUGGUACUGAUCAUUGACGUCUCCUACUCAAUGGCCCCGGCUCUGUCUGAUGUCCGGGAUGCCUGCAUGGAGAUCUUUCAUGAGCUCAAGGAGGAGGAUGAGAUUUGCUUAGUGUCCUUCUCCUCCUUCGCGAAAUUGAUCUUGCCCCUGCGAAAGAAGAGGGACGUGGAGGACCGAAGGCGGUGA